CCUGGGAGUUGUAGUCCGGCUGCCGCGUCGGCGCUGCUGAGGCUGCUGCGGGCUCGGCGCCGGCUUUGUCUGUCUGCGGGCGGGCGCGCGCCGCUGCGGUAUUCACGAGCAGCCCAUGGAAGAAUCAUAUGAAGAGGUGGACAUUGAGAUUACAGAGCAGGAGUGGCCAUGUUUGGAUUUCCAACAGCUACCCUGCUGGACUGUCAUGGAAGAUAUGCCCAGAAUGUAGCCUUUUUCACACAUUGCUGCAUCUUACAUGACUUCCCUCUCCUUUUGCCAGAUGUGAUGACAGAAGCCCACAAAUAUGAGCACUCUGAGGCCACAGGAUCCUCAAGCUGGGACUUCCCAAGUUCCUUCCGAAGGGAGAAGCUGGAACCCAAAUCCCAAGAUUCUAAGUCACUACAGGAAGACUCACCCGGAGUGAGACAGAAGGUCUAUGAGUGCCAGGAAUGUGGGAAGUCCUUCCGGCAAAAAGGCAGUCUAACCUUACAUGAGAGAAUCCACACGGGUCAGAAGCCCUUCGAGUGUACCCACUGUGGGAAAAGUUUCAGGGCCAAAGGCAAUCUUGUCACCCACCAGCGAAUACACACAGGAGAGAAGCCCUAUCAGUGCCAGGAGUGUGGGAAAAGCUUCAGUCAGCGAGGCAGUCUGGCCGUGCACGAGCGGCUCCACACCGGACAGAAACCCUAUGAGUGUGCCAUCUGCCAGAGAAGCUUCCGGAACCAGAGCAACCUGGCCGUGCACCGAAGAGUUCACAGCGGGGAGAAGCCCUACAGGUGUGAGCAGUGUGGGAAAGCCUUCAGUCAGAAAGGAAGCUUAAUUGUCCACAUAAGAGUCCAUACCGGCCUUAAGCCCUACGCCUGUCCCCAGUGCAGGAAGAGUUUUCACACCAGGGGAAAUUGUGUCCUGCAUGGCAAAGUCCACACAGGAGAAACUCCCUAUCUGUGUGGCCAGUGUGGAAAGAGCUUCACCCAGAGGGGCAGUCUGGCUGUGCACCAGAGAAGCUGCUCACAAAGGCUCACCCUCUGAGCUCCCUUUUCUGUUUUUCCUUUUGCUCUAGUACUGGAGCUUGAACUCAGAGCCUGCACACUAUCCCUUAGCUUUCUCA